UCGGGCAUCCCAGUAUUCCUACACCCACCGUAUGUGCUCGGACUUGGACCCCACCAGUUAUGCAGCUCCCAAGAAUGGAUGAAGUUGUUUUUAUAUGGACAGCAAGAUCAUGCUUAUGGCCAGACCCGGUCGUGACGAUGGGGAGACAGUUGCAUUCGAAGAGAAAUUUCGAAAAGGAGAAGCUUUCGAAACAAGCGAUGUGAAAAUCCUCGACAAGUCGAGGGAAGCAAUUAUUUUCAGGCGACAGGAAGGUGAAUAUUGUGAUUGCUGGUGAUAAGCCCCUUCGUGGAUUCUCCUUUAGUGCACUGUCGACGUAUCCACCCGCAGGUAUACGGAAACACGCUGGCGUGACGGUCGAGCGCCCGCUCGGCAGGCAACAUGAACAUGGAAGUAUUUCCCAGGUACACGAGUACGGCUGCGUUCAGGAAUGGAGAAUUCAGAGAACGGGCUUUGCCUAAAAGACCCGACUCUAUGUUCGGUGAAGCGGGAGAGCACUCCCAUACACUGAGUACCUCCGUUCAGUCCGCCCCGGUCAAUACCAGCAUCCUGAGAGUGCUGCCUAGUCGGAGCAUCGGGCCAGCUCGGGUCAGCGUUCGUCGUAUGCGCAAAUCAAUCAGGAACAACAAGCCAGCGCUUGGUGACGGCAAUGCUUUCGACAGGGGCAGCAUCCGACGAGCCGUGCUACAGACUAGUCUUAGCUUCACCGCUAGUAAUAAGAUUCCACCGAAGAAGGAGCCUCCUGAGCUGCCGGGUGCAAUCGUUGGAGACUGGGAGCCUUCGGAUGACGCCGGCAGGUCCUCCAGUGCCAUCCCGGCGUACCUGAAGCGGUGGGACAGCACAGGAACGUACGUAUCGCCGCGUGACCUACAAGCCCAGGGCGACUAUCCCGCCGUCCAUUCCAUGUCUAACAACGCGUCACCGGUCUACGCCAAUCACGCCGGCGCCGCCAUGCUGGGAAACCUGCACUCACGGCGUACUCAGCUCGAUUUGACCCGGCCACUGCCAAGGUCGAAGCUGAGCUGCUGGGAUGGAAUUUCGUUUAAAAUGUGGAAGCUGAAGAAAAGAGUGCAUAGUCAUAUCGAGGAUGCAUGGUUCACGUUUGGUUUCUGGCGUACGUCUCUCAAGAGGAUUGAAGGCAGGUUUGGCACCAGUGUGGUGGCGUAUUUCACUUUCUUGCGAGCUAUGUUCUUUCUCAACUUUCUGUUGACCGCUCUCACCAUGUCGUUUAUCGUCGCACCGCAAAUCGUCAGUGGAGAUAAGACACCGUUUCUGAAUACGACCGAGUCUACGGAAUGGGACCAGGUGAUCGUGGACAGUAUCGUAGGCAGAGGUGCUCUUCGUCAGUCCGUUGUCUACUACGGUAUCUACAAGAGCUAUCUGGAGGCGGGCAGUUACGACAUGUCAACAGCCUACCUGCUUGUCGGGUUCACGGUCCUUCUGGUCUCCUUCAUCUGGGUGCUAUGGAGCAUUGGUAAGUCACACCAUCAUCAGCAGCUGCAGAAGUUGAACACCGCUUACCAGUACACGGAUAAGGUCUUUAGUGCGUGGAACUUCGGCAUAACAAACAGCGAGACGGCAAAGCUUAAGGCUAUCGCUACAUCUCGAGAGCUAGAGGAAUGCAUUGGUGACGAGCGGUCACUACGGCAGAAGAAAUCCUGGCUCGAAAGGUUUUUUCUGUAUCACAGACGAUUGCUGGUCAACAUCCUCAUAGCAGGAAUGCUAGCAGGCGCCGCUUACUGCAUCUACCUGGCAACCAAUGUGUCAAUCGCUGCCUCGACGACCACGCUCGAACUAAAGUCCAAUCGUCCUACGUCGGAGAAAUUCCUUUACUACGCCAAGUCUCUGGCAUCGUCACUGACGAUUGCUGCGUUCAACGCCGUCCUGCCGAUCGUGUUUGAAGCCAUUACUAGCUAUGAGAAGUGGAGAACACCCAGCCAGGAGGUUAAAUAUACACUCAUAAGAACGGUGGCUAUCCGAUUAGCCUCUAUUGGCGUGGUGAUUGUGUCCUUAUUCCUGCGUCUCAAGGACUGUCAUACGAAGAACAUCAAGGACUCGCCGGAAUGUGGUUGCUGGGAGUUAUCGGUAGGUCAGGAAUUCUACCAGCUUGCAGUGCUCAAUUUUCUUAUUGUGCUCAUUGCCACAUGGGGAGACGGUCUGGGGCAGUGCUUUCUGUACCGCAAGUCUGCGUGGUACGCCAAGACCAUUGGUCCACCAAACUUCCCCUUAGUCAGGAGUGUACUGGACCUGCUGUACACUCAGAUGAUUAUCUGGCUUGGUUUCUUCUUCUCACCGGUAUUACCCGCUAUUGGCGUUGUGUCCCUCUUCUGCCUUUUCUACGCUAAGAAGUGGACAUUGCUUUGGUUCAUGCUGCCGUCUACCAAGCCACACAGAGGCUAUCGCAACUCCAAGCUCUUCUACGGCAUGCUGCUGCUGGUCUUGUGCCUAUCGCUUGUGCCCCUCGGCUUUGUGGCGUUUGAAUCCAGACCUUCCUCUCAAUGCGGUCCGUUUAAAGGUGAGGUGGGGAUGUAUUCGGCAUUCACCAAGCUGUUGCGCAACGGGCCGGGCUGGAUCGACACCGCCAUACGGGUCAUUUUAUCGUAUGCUGUUGCCGUGCCAACCAUUAUCCUACUCCUUCUAAUUGCAUUCUAUUACCGCGUCAAGGCUCGGGCACAUAGCGCCGAGGUGGGUCUGCUACAGGAUCAAGUCAAUAUUCUCGUCACCGAUAAAAACUUUCUAGUGGAAAAGUUCCAAGCUUUGGAUGCGAGCAUUGAGCCCAAACAGUUCGACCCGCGUCCCAGGAAAACCAAGUAACAUCCUCUUCUCGGUACAUUGUCUGGUGCUAGCUGUAGUCAACAACCCAGUCUACUUUGGUGACCCCCCUAUUGGGCUCUCCAGCGUUUCCCUGUUCAUAUGGGGAAUACCCGUGUGGGGAAUACCCGUGUGGGAAAUCCCUCCUAUUGGGCUCUCCAGUGUUUCCCUGUUCAUAUGGGGAAUACCCGUGCGGGGAAUACCCGUGUGGGAAAUACCCGUGUGGUUGUGGACCUGUUGCAUGUAUUGUCUCAUUGCACAUCCGACUCCAGGAAGACUUCAGAUUUCUCCCUCUGCUGAAUUCUUGUAUAGUCUUCUUGUGCAGAUGGGUCUUGGCAGCAGGUUGUAUUUUAUUGUUAGAAGCACACCUUUGGUGGUCACCGUGUGUGUGUAUGCUUGCAGCCCGAAUAGUAUAGGCUGGAUGUAGGCACUGGCAUUCUGAGCGCAUGCUGAGCAUCCAUUGAGCGUGCACUGUGUUCAUCUUGAGUGCACACUGAGGAUACUGUCAAUAGGAGUUGGGCCUCAGUGACCCUGGGUUUGCAACUAACUUGAAAUCCACGUCUAAGGGUUGAUUUUAAUGUGCUGCUGUUUUACUCUGUAAUAUCAGUUGCCAUAGUGUGGUUACAUUCCUCAAGUUUCUAAAUACACCCACGCCGAUACCUUUAUUUUUUAUUUUUUUAUUGUUUGGGCAUGAACUGGGUUGCAUAUUCUUUUUGAGCCAGAGGUGUACACAUAUACAGCGGCUCUCUAUUCCCUUGGACUUCUCCGACUGGUCUUACUUCUUUCUUCUCACCGGAUUAUGAAUCCUGCUGUGUAGACAUGUUUUUCUACUCAUAAUAUUUUAAUACCCCGUUCCGCGGAGUCCUCGCUCACGGAACACCUUUACCCAGACCCCCUCCCCCCCCCCCCUUCCC